CAUAGAGUCCCUGCUACUGGCAGGUGCAGUACGGAAUCCGGGUGGAAGGAAAUCCAAACGCCUUUAAAAUAAGCUGUGAGGUGAUGAGAAAUGUCCAACGGCAGCGAAGGACUAAAAUCAGUGUAUCGCGAAUCGCAGAGCCUAUAGCUGCAUCGUUCAAGAUGCCUGAAAUAGAAGAGGGAGCGAACACAUCGACCAACGCCUCCCCGAGACCGAGUUGCCUAACCCCUGAUAGGCAAGCACUCGCCGAUUCCAUCAUGGAAUCGGUCAAAGCAUCCGUUUCCAAGCUCAGACGUGGAGAUCCACCCACCAUCUACAUAGUCCGACAAACAAUCCGGCAAGUAAAUGAGGUUGCUUACGAGCCUAAGAUGGUGUCGAUCGGCCCAUACCAUCACGGGAAGGAGAGGCUACAAGGCAUGGAAGAGAACAAAUUGUUGUAUCUAGAUUCGUUCCUCUCCCGCAAUCCCGACCAUCUGUUGGAGGAUUACCUCGAGGCGAUUGAGGAAUUGAAGGAUAAAGCGCGAAGUUGCUACUCCGAGAAAGUGGGCCCACUUAUGGGAAAAGAGUUUCUGAAAAUGGUGGUGCUCGAUGCUUGCUUCAUUGUCGAGUUCUUUCUCAGGUUCCUUCCAUUCAUGUAUAAACUGGAGUUGUGCAGGCAACUAUGGGAGGAGCUCAAGCAAAACGAGGAUCUCGGUCUCAUUUCUGCAAUGGAUAAGUUCUUUUUCCAUUCAAAUGGCUUCGAAGACCCGAUAUUUCGUACGAUUGGGAUGGAUUCCCUGAUAGGGUAUGAUAUGCUCCUCCUUGAAAAUCAAAUCCCUUUCUUCCUUCUGCAGAAUAUUUUCAAAAUGGCUUGUCCAGUGAACGUACCACAUUUACUAGAGAAGAUGGCCCUUUAUUUCUUCGAUGAAUUCAUGCCUAGGAAUAAGAAAAUCGAGAUCAAAGAUUCCUACUAUCAUCUGCUCCAUUUGUUCCACUCGCAUUUGAUACCAACCCCAACUGAUCAUGGCAAGGAGGAGCACAACCUUUUGUGCAAUCCUAUCAUCAAAUACGUCCUCAACAAGUUGAAGAAUCUACUCAUGUUCCUCCCAUGUUCAAAUAAGGCCCCGUUGCCUAUUACUAAACCGCUGCAGAUGAUCCCUUUCGCGACUGACCUCCAACUUGUGGGGGUCAAGUUCAAGAAGAAUGAGAAAUCGAAUACCAUCAAAUACGUCCUCAACAAGUUGAAGAAUCUACUCAUGUUCCUCCCAUGUUCAAAAAAAAAAAAAGAAAAAAGAAAAAAACUGCUGCAGAUGAUCCCUUGUGCGACUGACCUCCAACUUGCGGGGGUCAAGUUCAAGAAGAAUGAGGAAUCGAAUAGCAUCUUGAAGGUGAAAUUUAGCCACGGGGUGUUGGAAAUCCCGCUCUUGUUGAUACAUGACCACAGCGAUACUCUCUUUCGGAACCUCGUAGCAUUCGAACAAUGCCACCCAGAAGCAACAAUCUGCUUCACGACUUACCUUAUGUUCAUGGAUUUCCUUGUCAAUACGUCCAAGGAUGUGGCGCUGCUCCAUCGCAAUGGGAUCAUUGAUAAUUUGCUGGGAAGCGAUGAUGAAGUGGCCCAUCUAUUCAACCGGCUCUGCAUUGGGAUAUUCCAUAAUUUUGAGGGAAGCUAUCUUUCCGAUGUAAAAGACAGAGUGCAAAAACAUUGCGAGAACAAACGGAACAUGUGGCGGGCGAGCUUGAUGCGCGAUUAUUUCAGCAAUCCAUGGACUAUCAUUUCUUUGAUUGCGGCUUUCAUCCUCCUCGGGCUCACCAUCACCCAAACGGUCUUCUCCAUCCUUCAUUAGUACCGACGGCGGUCCUAGUUCUUGAUCAUCAUGUUUUAAUGGUUUAGAUUAUUUUGAUUUUUCUCAUUUGUGUUUCGCUACUUGUGUGUGAAAAAUAUUACUGUAGAAUAUAAAUCUUCAUUUUCCAAUUCCCUAGGAAAUGCCCCUGUAAAUGGUAA